AUGGCUAUUCGAGCAGACGGCGAACGGCCGUCCGUGGAGUUGAGGGACUGCGAUUGGAAGAACAAUUUCGAUGAGCAGAGCCAGGAGGGGCCUGCAAACCAGUCGUGGAUGCUGCUGCCAGAGAGCAGGCCGCAAGUGGAUGUCCUGACACAGCUCUCGUUCCCGCUGCGCACGAGCGGCCGCUACAUCGUAGAUUCCGUUGGGAAGCCUGUGAAAUUGGUUGGCGUCAAUUGGAUCGGUGCCCACAUGGAGCAACUCGUCAACAACGGGCUGCACACGACCACUGCCAAGACGAUAGCCGCUCGCAUUCUUCGUAUGGGUUUCAACUCGGUCCGUCUGGGCUACGCGUUGAACAUGGAGCAAGCCCUCGACCGAUUCCUACUGCUGGGGGACGGUGCCGCCUCCACGGCGGGGCAGUCUACCAUCCGCAACCUGGCAAUCGGAGCUGACGCCUGGUACCGGCGCCACAACCACCCGCGCUGCGGCGGCCUGCUGGUGGAAGACAUCGAGGGGGCCUUCGCGGAGUACGUGCGGGAGGGCCGCCGCGGGCUGGGGUGGCACAGGAUUGACUGCAUACUUGACAAUCUACACGUUGUACUCUGCAGUGACAGGUGCGAAGCGCUAUUGGCGCAGGUGUUCUCGGCCAUGAACCCAGACAGUGACAAGGUGGCAAUGUCAAUGCAAGUUGCCGGCGUCCAGAGAGCGUUCGGGCCAGCGCGCAGCGCGGUAGACGCCAGGGCCCUGGCCACCUUGGACCGGGCGACGAACGGCGACGCGAACAACUUCGUCAUCCUGGAGGAGGAGCGGGAUAUCUUACCCAGCGGCGGGCAGGAUAUUGCGGAGCACAGCGAGGGCCCCUGCGUCGACAUGCCCAUUCGGGGUGAUCGCGGGGACAUCGUGACGGGCGCCAUCGCUGCGAGGUUUUCAAUCAAGGAAUUGGCGCGGGAGUUCGCGGCGGAUGGCGACGGCGCGGGCGUGCGUUGCAACGACUUUGAAGCCGCCGUCAGGAAGCUUAGCGGCGCGUCAACGAACGAGUGGGCUCCCAGCUACACCUCCUGGCAGGCCUUAGGGCGUUCCCACGGCAUUCGUGACCAGCUGGCGGGAAAGAUUCCCAAGCGUAACCUCGAGGAGUUCUUGCGGGCCUUGGCUGACAGCGACAAGGACCGCGCCCCCGUCCUGUCGGGCGAGUUCGGGAUCAAGUACAG